AUGACAAACGAUGAACCUGGUAAUCUGCUGUUUUUCAACAAGUCUUCGGUGGGUAUAGGUGAUCUCGAGCGUUAUGUGAUCACAUAUGACCUAUACGAAGGUGACGAGAUUCCCGAUGACGUAAAAUUGGACUCACUUUGGCUUAAAGUGAAAAACAUAGAAGGUUUGUCAUUCAGGGCUGCAUAUCUAAUGGGCCCAUUCAUGUUAUAUUGUGAUGUGAGGACUGAGGACUAUCAUCACUCACAGAAAAUCAUAGCUUCGGCGGAUCAGCCAAGAUUCGAAUCUACUCUGCAAGCACAACAAGAUUGCAUCGUAGAGCUGUCAGUACACAGGCUAAAGCCCAGGUAUGUUUGGGUAGUCGAUAUUUUGAGUCAAAUCGUAUUCACCACGAACACAAAGGUAUCGUUCGAGAUAAAUGUUGCGAAUACAAAGAAUUCAUUAUGCGGAGAACAAGACUGUGGUAUAAAUAACUCAGUUUCAGAUAAAAUCACAGUAACCAGGCUGACCACAUUAGAUGUUUGGAAUUUACCGGCAGAGAUAGGUUUACCUAAAAAGGCAAAACACUUGGUUAUAUUGACUCAUGGCCUUCAUUCUAAUGUCUCUACCGACAUGUCAUAUUUAAUGGAGCAGAUCUAUAAAAAACAGGAGAACUAUCCAGAUGAACAAAUUGUCGUAAAGGGCUACACAAAAAAUGUCUGUCAGACGGAAAAGGGAGUGAAAUAUCUCGGUACCCAAGUAGCAAACUUCAUAAUUGAUGAACUAUACGACGAGUCGGUAACUAAGAUUAGUUUUGUUGGGCAUUCACUGGGUGGCCUAGUACAGUCGUUUGCUAUCGCAUAUAUAGCUGUAAAAUUUCCAUGGUUUUUUGAAAAAGUGAAACCAGUUAAUUUCAUAGGCAUAGCGUCACCUUUUUUGGGCAUUGUUACAGAUAAUCCGGCCUAUAUCAACCUCUUAUUAUCAUUCGGUGUUAUUGGCAAAACUGGACAAGAUUUAGGACUUGAGAAAGACUCCGGGAACAAUGAAGCGCUGCUUCACCUUUUACCGGGGGAACCGUUGAAAAGUGUCCUCCAGAAGUUUAAGCGGAGAACUCUUUAUAUGAAUGCCGUCAAUGACGGUAUAGUUCCAUUAUACACUGCCUCAAUGCUCUUUUUGGAUUAUGAUGAGAUAUUGCAGCAACUAGAAAAAAGAAAACUUCAAGGGCUGCAAAUUAACUCUAGCAAUAUUGAUCUGGUGAGUCAAUCGCAUUUUCUGAGCAGAAACAUCAUUUCUCCUUUUGUGAAAAUUCUUGGGAUACUAGCUCCUCAAAAAUUCCCAUCAAACAACCCUUCCUUACCUAGAAUAUCAUUUCUCGAAUCAAUGGUGUCGACUUUGGUCCCGCCACUUCCAGAGAAAUUAUAUAUAACAGACCCUUCUUCCCGAAACCCCGUCAUUAUUCAUGAUAAGGUUUAUACGGAAGAGGAUCUUCCUCCUAUAGCUGAAGGUGGCAUUGACGCUUUUGAAGGUACUCAUAACAUAUUAUUGGAUCAAUUUAUGAUGGAUAGGGGUAAACCUAAGUGCCAAAAACUUGAAGAAAGAAUAGCACGGGAAUGGCAUCAAGGCUUAUCAUGGCGAAAAGUUGUCGUAGCACUAAAGCCGGAUGCUCAUAAUAAUAUAAUCGUGCGUAGAAGAUUCUCAAACGCUUACGGCUGGCCCGUAAUUGAUCAUCUUAUUGAUGCACAUUUUAGUGGUGAAGAUGAGGAAAGUGCAUAUGAGGAAUUGGCUGACAAAAUCAAUAGCGAUGUUACGAAUAACUUGUCUCCUCGAUCUAUUCCAGACAGCAGUGACAUAGAACCCAAUAAGAACUUUGCGUGGAUUACGAGAGUCGAGAAUCCAAGGUUGUUCGAUGAAGGUCCAACAGGAAUGAUAUCAACCAUGAGUGAAAUGAUUGAAUCAUUUGCUAAAAGCCGGAAUGCAUUGGGAAAUGAUGUGAACCUGGAGUCGUCAACUAACAACAAUUUGAUAAGCUACGAAAGUCUCGACAGCAAUUCUAUGUAA